CGCAGAAUACAUUUGUAGCAGCUUCUCGGCUACUGGUAGGAUCAUCUCUCUUUUUUAGAGUGCUUCAUUAGCCAGACCAGUUCCGUGUACUAACAAAAAACUACUAUAUCGCGACCGAUUCAGUCGAGCUCGUCCAGCUUGCAGCAACACUGAUCGAAUCGAAACAUCACGCUUCAUCAGCACAACAUGGCGGCAUCCGCGACAAUCUCCACCUCCGUCGAAAACAGCGACCCUCUGCUCCAAGUCCCCUUCAGCGAUCCUCCGUGGCUCCUCGGUCUCCCUUCGCCAUUCUUCUCAGAGAAACAUCGCAAGUUCCAGAAAGCUGUACGAGCAUGGUUCGAGGAACACUUCCUGCCACACUGCAUGGAAUGGGAGACUUCAGGGAGCCUCCCAACAGAUCUUUUUGCAAAAUUCAAUCAAUACAACAUGCUCCUUCCCAACCUCCCAUCACCUCUCCCAGUUGAAUGGCUGCACAAAGUGGGCAUCAAAGAUAUUCUCGGCACACCUGUAGAAGAUUGGGAUUAUACACAUACUGGGAUUUGGAUUGAUGAGAUCCACAGAUCUGGACUUGGAGGUCCUUCGAGUGGUUUGACUGCUGGGUUCGCGUAUGCUAUUCCGCCUAUUAUCAAGUAUGGUUCGAGACAACUGCAAGAGCGUUUCUUGCCAGAUUUCUUGACGGGAAAGUCGAGGACUUGUAUUGCGAUCACGGAGCCAGAUGCGGGUAGUGAUGUUGCGAAUAUCACGACUACGGCGAAGAAGACGAACGAUGGGAAGCAUUAUAUCGUCAACGGCACGAAGAAGUGGAUCACGAACGCCAUCUGGUCUGAUUAUGCUACCAUGGCUGUGAGGACCGGCGGGAAAGGAGCUGGAGGUCUGAGUCUUCUAGUCGUGCCUUUAAAGACAGAGGGCGUGGAUAUGAGGAGACUUACUGUUACUGGCAGCAAGACUGGUGGAACGACUUUUAUCGAGCUGGAAGAUGUCAAGGUUCCAGUGGAGAAUCUUCUGGGUGAGGAAGGAAAGGGCAUGUUCUACGUGAUGAACAACUUUAACCACGAACGUCUUCUCAUCGCAAUCGGCGUCACGCGACAAGCUCGCGUAGCCUUGUCCACCGCUAUGGCAUAUGUGAUGAAGCGCGAGGCUUUCGGUAAAGCACUCGUGGAGCAACCCGUUGUACGCAACAGAUUGGCCAGAGCCGGCGCAGAGUUGGAGACGCUGCAGUCUUGGCUGAAUGAAUUCUUGUGGCAAAUGGAUCACCUUCCAAAGAGCCAGGCAGAUACAAGGCUCGGUGGUUUGACAGCGCUUGCGAAGGCUAAGGCUGGAAUGGUGCUCAAUGAAUGUGCACAAUGCGGAGUGUUGCUCUUCGGCGGCAAUGGGUUUACUGAAACGGGACAAGGAGAGCUGGUUGCGAAGAUCUACCGUGACGUGUUCGGCUCGAGGAUUCCGGGAGGUAGUGAGGAUGUUAUGUUGGACUUGGCCGUGAGACAGUUAGUGAAGAACUAUCAGAAAGCGCUGAAGCAACUGGAUCAAGGAGGCAAAUCGAGAUUGUAGCUGCGUAGCCGUCGAGAUGCGAAGUAGUUAUGCAAUGAAGGUGCUCAUAA